CGCAAACCAAAUCUCAUUCCAUCCCAUCCCAUCCCAAAUCCUCUCUCGCCGGAGCCAGCCGAGCAAGCAAGCAGCGACGAGAUGGACGCCAGCAAGGGGAAGAAGUUCUCGGCGAAGAAGCUCGGCGGGCCGAGGAAGAAGUCGGUGACGCGCUCCGUGAAGGCCGGGCUGCAGUUCCCCGUCGGCCGCGUCGGGCGGUACCUGAAGCAGGGCCGCUACGCCAAGCGCGUCGGCACCGGCGCCCCCGUCUACCUCGCCGCCGUCCUGGAGUACCUCGCAGCGGAGGUUCUGGAGCUGGCGGGCAACGCGGCCAAGGACAACAAGAAGUCCCGGAUCGUGCCAAGGCACCUGCUGCUGGCCAUCCGCAACGACCAGGAGCUCGGAAAGCUGCUCGGCGGGGUCACCAUCGCCCACGGCGGCGUGCUGCCCAACAUCAACCCGGUGCUUCUCCCCAAGAAGUCCGUGGAGAGGGCCGAGAAGGCCGCUGCCAAGUCGCCCAAGAAGGCGGCCAAGUCCCCCAAGAAGGCCGCCAAGGCGUAGAUCUGGACUUUGCUGAUGACGAUGAACAAGGCUGUGCUUGUGUACUCAGUGUUUGGGUACUCAUGUAAUGUAGUUUAGCUGGGUUGUGUUUACUGUUUAGUCAAGUACUAGUUCCCUUUCUGUUGCUAUGUAAGCUUGCGUGUGCAAUGAGGAAGCUCCUUGCUUCCUCUUGUCGUAUGAAUGAAUCAUCCAAUUCAUAUUUU